AUGAAAACCUGUAAAUCCAGUCAUUUGGAUUCAGGAGUAGAAUCGGACAUCCAGUGCAGAAGUGGAGCAAGCUGCGUUGUGAAGUGCAGCACAGAAAGAAUGGAGAGUGCUGCCAAGAGAAGAUUGGCUGCCAAUGCCAGGGAGAGAAGACGGAUGCAAGGGCUGAACACAGCCUUUGAUCGUUUGAGGAAGGUGGUCCCACAGUGGGGUCAGGAUAAGAAGCUCUCCAAAUAUGAAACCCUUCAGAUGGCUUUGAGUUACAUCAUGGCUCUAACACGAAUACUUGCUGAAGCUGAGAGAUAUAGUACUGAAAGGGAAUGGAUUAACCUUCACUGUGAACACUUUCGUCCAGAGAGCUACCACCAUUAUACAGGACAAAAAGUGGCAACAGACAGUGAUCCUUAUGCACAGCGAAUAUUCAGCUAUCACCCUGAACACUUUCAAAUAGCUAAUUAG